CCGCACUCCACUCUCACCCGCUCACCUGUCCCCUCCUCACACUCCCACUCCAUAUAUACACCUCACCUCACCUCCCCUCUCCCUCGUUAGUUGCUUGCCUCCUCACCUCACCCAACCCGCCUCACCUGUCUCGCCGCCAAGUCCAAGACACCAAUGGCUCUCGUCCGCCAGCGCCGCCAGCUGCCGCACCUCACCCUCCCGCUUGACCACUUCGCCCUGCGCCUGCCACCGCAGCCUCAGCCAGCCGCCGCAGCCUCAGCCUCUGCCUCCGCCUCCGACGCCCGCCUCUCCGACUACGAGAGGCUCUCCGUUCUUGGACACGGCAACGGCGGCACCGUCUACAAGGCGCGACACCGCUGGUCCGCGCAGCCGCUCGCGCUCAAGAUCUUCGCGGCCGGGGACUCCUCCGCGGUGCGCGAGGCCGAGAUGCUCAUGCUCGCCGCGGACGCCCCCCACGUCGUGCGCCUCCACGCCGUGGUCCCGUCCGCGUCGGACGCCGCAGGGGAGGCGCCCGCGGCGCUGGCGCUCGAGCUCAUGCCCGGGGGCUCCCUCGCGGACUUGCUCCGCCGGCUAGGCCGCCCGAUGGGGGAGCGACCCAUCGCCGCCGUGGCGCGGCAGGCGCUCCUCGGGCUCGAGGCCCUCCACGCGCUGCGCGUCGUGCACCGCGACCUGAAGCCGUCCAACCUGCUCCUCGGCGCCGCCGGCGAGGUCAAGAUCGCCGACUUUGGCGCGGGCAAGGUUCUGCGGCGGCGGCUCGACCCCUGUGCGUCCUACGUCGGCACGGCGGCGUACAUGUCCCCAGAGCGGCUCGACCCGGGGGCGCACUCCGGCGACUACGACCCCUACGCCGCCGACGUGUGGAGCCUCGGGGUGGCCAUCCUGGAGCUGUACCUGGGCCACUUCCCGCUCCUGCCAGAGGGGCAGCGCCCGGACUGGGCCGCGCUCAUGUGCGCCAUAUGCUUCGGCGAGGCGCCGGAGCCACCGGCCGCUGCGUCGAAGGACUUCCGGGACUUCGUGGCGCGUUGCCUCGAGAAGAAGGCCGGGCGGCGCGCGUCCGUUGCCGAGCUGCUCGAGCACCCCUUCGUCGCCGAGCGGGACGCGGCCGGAGCGCAAACAGCGCUCGCCGCGCUCGUCGCGGAGGCGGAGCAGGGUGGCCUGUAGCCGAGAUGCCCGCCGUUUAAUUAACUAGGAGAUUUAGGAGCCAGGAUGAGCUGAUGUGUACAUAAGUUACGCCACGUGGACGAAUAACCUGUCACUCGUGGUGUUUUUCGUUUCCUUUUUUCCUUUAACCUUUUUGUCAUCCAAGUAUUCGUUCCUUUUUUUAGUUCAUUUCGCAAAUCGCAUGAAGGCAGAUUUGUGCAGUUCAGUUUCUGACUGGCCAUCUGGCUGUCUGGAUUAUUAGGCGGUUGCUAAAUGUACUGAAAAUCGGGCGUUCAUCAUGCGACCAUCGACUUGCGAUCAGAUGAUGCUCGUCUAUCUUCUUUCUUCA